AUGAGCGGAAUGCCUCAACCACGUUCUCCAUCUGCUGGUCCACCUCCACCUUCAAGCGGUAGUAGCAGACAUCACCACAGCAGUAGUAGUAGAGGUUCCUCUUCUUCCUCUCAUCAUCGUAGUGGCGGAAGUAGUAGUGGUUCCCAUCAUAGAUCUGGAAGCUCUAGCAGAGACUCUCAUCGUGACUCUCACCGAUCAUCAUCUUCAUCAAGAAAUUCUAGUAAUCCAUCUAGUUCUCAUCCACACGAUGACAAAAGAAAACGUCCAUCAUCCUCUAAAUCAUCAUCAUCUAAACAUCGCUCUAGUGGCUCUAGUAGCAAACACGAUAGUCGUUCACAACGUUCUAAACCAUCAUCCUCAAAUACUGUCAAAGCUCCUCCAUUGUUUAAAACUGUUGAACAUCCAUUGAAGGAAUUGGUAAAGAGUUCAUUCCUUUGUAAUAUGAAAUUCCAAACAGGUUUACCAGAAAUUUUAUUGGAUCCUGUUUUAUUAGAAUAUCCAAAGGAUUUUACAGAAAAUUUCAUCGGAUACAAAACAACAAGUUUAGAAAAGAAUCACAAAUUCGAAUUAUUGACAGAAAAUAAUUUAGGAAUCAACAUGAAUCUGAUUAAUCCUUUUGUAUAUUAUAAAGAUGAAUCUGCCAAACUUGAUCCUGAAGAUGAAUUAUUAUUGAAACCAGUUAAAUCAGCAAAGAAGGAAAUUGCUCGUGAAUUGGUUGAAAACUUGUCAUCAAGACCAUCCUGGCUUAAAGCUCCAACUUAUGUUGAUAUGAUCAAUUAUAAGAAGGCUGUUAAAGGUUAUGGCGAAGAUUUAAUUCAAGAUGUUGAAGAAGAACAUGUUCAGAAAAUCAAACCAAAAACAGUUCCUAGAAAAGUCGAAGAAAAGAGUAGAUUUGAAAAGGCUAAACAAUUAGAUGCCAAAUUCCAAUCAGAUACCUUAACCAGAACAUUACCAAAUGGUCAAAAAGUUAAAGCUAUUGCUUGCUAUUCACUUUUACCUAAUUUUGCCACAAUGGGCACUAAAUUUAUGGCUGCAAACUUUGGAAGUGAUAAUCAUACAUUAUUAGGAAAGAGAGGACGUUUUGGUGAAUUAACAGCAAAGGAUGCUAGUGAUUCCCUUAUUCUCAUUCAACCAACAGAUGAUAUUAUUUUAGCAGAAAAGGCAGCUGAUGACAGAAAUGUUCAAGUUGCUCAAUACUAUGUUCCAGUUUCUAAUAAUGAUGAAGAGGAAUUAUUUAAUAGUGAAAAGACUGUUGGUAAUAUUGUGGAAUUAGUUCGUGAAUAUGGUGGUACAAUCUAUGAAAAGAAUAGCUCCAAUGUUCAAGUUAAUAAGGAAAAUGAAAAGAGAUUCAAAUUACCAAACCACUUAAUGUCUAAAGAUAAGAUGACCCAAGCAGAAAUUGAACCGUGUGUUGCUUUGAGAUUUGAUGACAAUACCAGUCAAUGUGUAUAUUCCUACAUUCAAGAAGGUGUCAACUUUAAGGUCUUACCAAAGAAGAAGAAACGUAGAGUUUUCACUAAAGUUAAAUUGAAUGGUAAAAAUCCAGAUGAAGAAGUUCAAUUCGAAUCUCUGACAGAUAUCAUUGCCAGCACUGAAGAACUUGGAGCAACUAAGCAAGGACCUUCUUAUGAAGAUGAAGAAAUGCAAGAAGAAACAACUCAACAACAAUCAGAAGAAGAGGAAGAAAUUAUUUCACCAUCCGAUAGAGGAUCAGCAAAGAAGAGAGCUGUUCAAUCCGAUGAUGAAGAUGAAAACAUGGAAGAAAGUGCACCAAAUGGUGGUGAAGAAAACAUGCCAUCCUCUCCGACUAUUGGUGAUCAACGUGCACCUUUAUCCGAAGAUGAAUAUGAUGAAGAAGAAUAA